AUGGCUCACGACCAUGGUGUGGUCCAGAUGAUGAGCGGUGAUUAUGAAAUGGCGAAGAAAAGCUUGCUCGACAGCCGUAAAGACAUCACAAAUAGCUGCUCGAUUCUUGAGAAUGCCAUUCUGUCCAUCGCUCUUGCCGAAGCUCACUGCCAUACGGGAAAUAGGAACGAACAAUUACAAUAUCUGAACAAGGCUCGUGCACAAUGUCGACAGGCUGGAGCAGUUUUGUUUGAGAAGUUUGUGUUGCAGGAACUAGCGCUUUACUAUCAUGACGUGAGUUGA